AUGAACCGGUUCCGCAAAUCGAAGAAGGAGCCCAAGAGGGAAAAGGUGAAGGACGAGGUUGUGGUUACCGAAACCAGUGUGCCCCCUACUACAUUCGGCGCGAUCCUGAAGAAAAACAAAAAAGAACCCGAGCCGAAGCCCGAACUUGACCUCGAUCUCUCAAGCGCAUUGCCGUCUACCGAUGAUUUCCGAACUAGUCUGCUCAUGCCGAAGCUGUCAGCACGAUUUAGUAUGCUCAGAGAACAGGACGAUCCCGAGUCGCUUAUCGGAAAGGCUAGCGACGACAGCGUUUUAUUUCCUAGGCGCGCCUCAAGGUUGAAUCUCUUCGGUCAUAACCCCGGCCUGCUUGCCGACAUCGACGAAGUCUCUUCUGCUGGUCGGCCGUCCUUCAACCUCGAGCGAGGCUCAUAUGCGUCGGGGAGCGAUGGGUAUAAUGGGGACGAUGAUUCGCACCAAGGUAGCAUUAUGAGUAGGGCCCGCCGUACAGAGGGAAACAACCUGUUCGGGGGACGGCAAAAGGUCUAUAAAAUCGCAUCUUCAGGGUCUGGUCGCGGCGGUCGGGCAGUCUACGAACAUGAUGUCGACAAUUCGCACUUUCGACGGAAACCCAGUGUAAGGGAACAAGAUGGGGAGGAGUACACCGUCUACUCUCCGCAGGAAUCCGAAGAUGCGCUGUCCAGAGUGUCUUCUCACAACCGAACUACAUACUCUUCGACAGCUUCAGGGCCAAUGGGCAAUGCCCGCAUAUCAACCGCCGCAACUUCUGUGGACGAGCAGUCAUUGGUGACGUCUCCUGCCCAGACACACAAUAGUAACUCGGACUCUGUUAUACUGAAGCCGAUGCGCCCCGGAUCGGCUGCUGAGCGAGGAUCUGUUCGAACUCGCCGUCUGUAUGGUCAGGCUUUGGAGCAAUCGGUUCACAGCCAGCAAGCAUCUGCCCUACAUCGACUAGAGAGCUUGAGCCGCCAGCGCGCAGGCACUCCAGAAAUGCCUUCUCUCAACCGAAACUACUCCCGAAGUGCAGCAAACCUGCGCAAUGGACUGCAGAGACUGACCACUGCCGAGCCGUCGCCAGCUGCAUCUCGACCUACAAGCCCUCCAUCAUCCGCUACCUCACCUUCACGACCACCGAUUGAGUCUGAACUCAAACCUCCCAGUUUCGGACAGCCUCCACUGAGCCCUCCAGUCAGCGAAAAUGAAGAGGUAACUCUCAUGGCUGCUUUGCAACCAGAAGAUCGUGGGAAGGCAACAGCCAUGGGCAUGUUCAAUAAGCCCCGAACUGCCUACGACGAGAGCCAGUUCUCCCACCGCCAGGUUCAAAUGUUCCAGGGUAGAAACACGCCGCCGCCUCUACGGCAACAACCCCAAGUACCUGUUCCUCAAGACCCCCAGGCGCGCCAACGGGGUUUUUCAAACGCUAGUCGCCAGUCGCGGUCGAACUCCGCUGGGUCCUCUCACUACAGUGAGGCUCAUCGCCCCGGCAGCCGGUCCACCGGUAAGAGUGUAUAUGCGUCUCCUGCCAGACCAGGACAGGUUGCUACUUUCUUUGACAACUCAAGCCCGAGCGAGACGGAGGACGAAGGAUAUGGGCUAGUUUCGCGCGACGACUACUCCAUUCAUAGCAACCACCCAGCCUUCCGCUCUCAGACUCCAUCAAGACCAACAACGCCAACUAACGAUGAAAGCCAUAUAACUCUCCCUGAAGUGCGAUACUCGGACCUGGGCGACUUAAAGCCUAUUGCAGAGCACCGAGAAAGCCUUUCCGAACUGGCCAACACCCCUGGGAGCCCCGAGAAGCCUGAUUCUCCAACAAUACCCGCGGGACUUGGCCUCAGUGGUCUUGUGCGUACCCAUCUUCGGCAAGAUAGUGACAAAUCUUCCAUCUUGCCUCCUCCAUCGCCUCGCUUCCCUCCAGUCAUCGAAUCUCCGGCUCCCCGGGAACUUCCCAUGGAGCAGCCUAAGUUUGAGUUCCCGACUCGACCUCCGACGACUGCGCCGCCCCCUGUUCCAGUAGUUCCAGAUCCAAUUCCAGAUUGGCGAGACGAACUGGGUAUCAGCCGACACCAGCGCCAGGGAAGCACGGAGACGCAGAGAGAACGAGAAGAAUUCGCCCAAGAACUGGCGGAGAGGCGAAGACGCGUGCAGGAGAAGCUUCGCGAUUUUGCCGAUGAAAGCCGUGCAGCAAGCCCUGUCUCCGGCCGCCAGACGCCAGAUCUUGGUCAGCCCAAACCUGGAAACGCCUUUGCUCUUCUGAAGAACAAGCCCGGCAAGCACCAUCUCUUUAGCCGGGGCGAGCCUCGUGGGGCAAAAGGCCUUGCGUUUGGAAAUGCAUCCACACCGGCCUUGGUCUCGGAUGACCCUUGGGGAGAGGAGGACAGGGCUCCCUUCCCCCAUAUGGGCAGGCACGGCAACUCCAGCUCUCCUCAUGUAGGAGAACGGUCCAUGCGUUCCAGAAUUGCAAGUUUCGGCCGCCACAGCCAAGAAGAAUCUCGCGACUCGAGCCGUAGCCGUGGCGCGUCUCCUCACUCAAGCUUCCGGUCUCGUAGAGAACGUUCAAGCUCGAACGCAUCCAGCCGUUCGAAGAGCCGCUCUCGUCGCGACCGAGACAAUCUCACCCCCUUGGAGGAAGAUGAGAUUAGUUCUGACAACAGCUUCACCCAAGGACGUCGCCGUGUCACCUCUGUUACUUCAUCAGCUCGUCCCUCUUUGGAGAACUACGACCGCCUAGCGUAUGAAAGGGCACCAUCUGCUGCAUCAGGAGCAUACUUCCAAGAAAGCCGGUCCGCAACCCCGAUUGACCGACCGUUUGCUGCUCCUAUAGGCAACUCACCUAUCAUUGGAGCUCCGCGCCCCUCGCCCGCCGCACCACCCUUCUCGGCCAACGCAACACCUCCUUUGUACGAUGCGAACAGCGACUCUCCAGCCGCAUCCACAACCACUCUUCCUCAAAUCCUCCCCCAGCGCGCUGCAGGUCACAACGGCCUUCAGAAGCGCCCCAUUGACAAAUCGAAAAUCUCCGAACCCACCUUCAUCUCUUGCACCUCCAACGUCCCCACCGUCGGUCUUCCUCCCGGCGCAAGCCUGAGCAACGGCAUGGAAACCCCUCCUCUCCCUCCAAUGAACCCACGCCGCCGCCGCCAAACAACCACGCAAACUAUUCUCGGCGCGUUCAAGUCGCAGCCUGAGUACGAGCCUUACGAGGGCCGAGAACGCAGCACCUUUGAUGAUAAUGAAGGCCAGAAGCGCUCGCGGUCCCGCUCGAGGCCGCGCAACCGCUUGCGCAAGGUCUCUAGCGAGCAGGGUGAAUUGAACGCUGCUGCUGCUGCUAUGGCUCGACAGAGUAUGGCGCCUAGCGCGAUCACAUCGCCGUCUCCUACACCUUACCAGCCUCGCAUCCCUAUGGAUGGCGGCAUGUUCUGA